AUGACUCCCACGCUGCCGCUCGAACUCCAGCUCCACAUUCUCCAGCUCGCCCUGCCGCCGCUCAUCCGCCGCAACCUCGACGAGCGCGUUCGACUCUGCAAGGCAUUCUCGCUCGUCCACCGCAACUGGACCAAGGCGGCGCAGUACGGACUUCCUGAGCACCUUACUGUCACCUACUACAAGCCCGCAGUCCUCGACACGGCUGCACAGGACCGCAUCGCCGCUGCGAAGCAGGGUGGAUGGCCUCUCAAGCGCGUCGAUAUCUGGCUCAGCGAGUCCAUCACCGAGACGGGGUGGAGGAAAUCUGACGAUGCUGCCGACCUCGGCGCCCUCGAAGAGAUGUGGAUCACCUUGUCUACGGGAGAGUUCGCCUCUUUCGGCGUUACGAGCCUCAAGCGCUUGCACAUUCAAAGCGAGCCCGGCCGCUAUCUCUGGGACCUGUUCAAACAUGUCCCCGGCGGUCUUGUUUACCUCGCCCUGCACAGUGUCACCCUCGACAUCCUUGGACUGGCAGUCCCUUUCGGUGAUAACCUCGACACUCUCAUUCUCAACAACGUCGACUUGGAUGACUGGGGCUUGAUACUUUCGAGCCAGAACAAGCUGCGCGUCCUCUGCAUGAACAGAGACUUUCCUACCUUCGAAGAGACGAUCUCCUUCAUGCCUCGCUUGCAGCACUUCGCCCUCACCAUCGAAGACGUCUCGACAUUCCUGGACAACUUCCCUUGGGAAGCCGAGCAUUUGUUCAUCCCGCCAACCUUGCGCUCGCUCACCUUCUUGUGCACGGAGGACUUGCCCGGCUUGCGGCACAUGGCUCGCGAGGCUUGCAAGGCGUGCGGCGCUGGUCUCAGGUACCGCAUCCUCUCGCCUCGCGGGAUUGAGAACUGGGACAUGGAGGAAUGGGCUUACUCGGUUGGCGCUUGA